UGCAUCGAUCGGCGAUCGGCUGUCGGCUGAAACAGUACCCAUUUUAGAUCUCAAAAACCAUUUCCAUGGAUCCAACUCCAACAGCUCCUCGCCACCUAAAACAUCCAUCCAGAUAUAAAAACCCUCACUCUCUGCAUUUCCAAGCACCCACCGUAUUCCAACACUUGAAGAAGAAAUUAAGGACUCCACAAAUUGAUACGUACGAUGAAUUGCCAGCUGCAGCGUGGCUUCUCUCUCUCGAUUCUCUUCCUCUUUCUCUCCCAGUACUCCACCACAAUCACCGCUCAGGCUCCGGCGCAGCCCCCGCUUCCUCCAGCGGCGAAGCCGCCUCUUCCGCCCGGGCCGCCCAACAUCUCGGCGAUCCUCGAGAAGGCCGGCCAGUACACGAUCUUACUCCGGCUUAUGGGCACCACCCAGGUGGCAAAACAAAUAAACGGCCAGCUCAACAAUUCAAACAACGCCAUGACCAUGUUCGCGCCUCCCGACAGCGCCUUUUCCUCCCUCCCAUCCGGCGUUCUCAACUCCCUAGACAACGAACAGAAGGACGCCCUGGUCCAGUAUCACAUGAUUCCCACUUUCCUCUCCAUGUCACAGUUCCAAACCGUAAGCAAUCCGGUGCGGACCCAAGCCGGCGACUCCACGAUCGGCUCGUUCCCGCUCAACAUCACCACCUUCGGCAACCAAGUCAACAUAUCCACUGGAAUUGUGAACGCUUCGCUAGGUCACACGAUUUACACAGACAACCACCAACUUGCCAUUUAUCAGGUGGACAAGGUGCUUCUUCCUCAGAGCAUCUUUGGGCCCCACCCCCCUGCUCCGGCCCCGUCCCCGGCAGCUCCGAAGAAGAAGAAGACGGCGGCGGCGGAGGACGCCACUCCGAGCACCGACGAUACGGGGUCUAGUACUGCUUCCGGCGCGGUUCGUCUCUCGGCUGGUACUGCAGCAGUGGCUUUGGUGGUGUCCAUUGGAGUUGCUGCGCGCGCAUGCAGGUGAUGAUAUUGGUUUUGGGAUUGGGGGUUGUGAUUGUGCCAGGUGGGCAAGUGUGGGGUCCUUUUAUAUUGAUUUCGCCAUGUUCCAAGUCCAAUUGUAUAAUUAAAAUUUGAAGCUGGUGCCUUUCCAUGUUUUUCUUUUUUAUUUUCCUUUAAUUUGGAUCUGUAAUUUUCUCUCUCUCUCUCUCAUUCAGUGAUCUGCAUCUGUUUACAAAUUCCAUGAUUAAUUUCAA